AUGAGGGUGGUGCAGAGUGGUGCGAGCGGUGGACGAUCUCUCGUCUCGAGUCUCGACCAAACAGUGCGAGCCAGUUACGAGCCAGUCACAAGGCAGAUCUGAGAGUCCGCCGCCUUAAAAAGAGUCCCGGAGCGCCGGAAACUCGAGAGAGCAGUCGAGACUCGAGAGCCCACUACGAGAGUGAAAUGCGGAGCGCGUCGAGAGACCGCGUCGCGGCCGCGUGCUCGUUCGGAAGCUCUUGCAAGAGGUCGUCCGUUCUCGAAUUCUCAGCAGCGCUUUCUGCAUCAACUUGCCUCUUUCAUUCUUCAUUGCCAUCGUCGUGACGCGCUGCAUGAAGCUCAAGAAACCUCCUGGGACCCGUCAGGAAAAGCUGGACCGAAUCGACUUUUUGGGCAACUUCAUCUUCUCCGCCUGCAUUCAGCUUUGA